UCACCGCCGAGGUCGACACCCUCGUCGUCUCCUCCGACACCGUCCAGGUCGUGCUCACGCAGUCCACCACCGUCACCGUCACCGGAACUGUCUACACCACGCUCGAGCAGCCGUACGUCACGAGCAUGCCCCUGAUUUCCGGGGGAAUCAUCACCUUGUCCAGCACUGAACCCUUGCCCACCGACGACCCGUCCACUUCAGAAUCAACCUCGACCUCGUCGUCUUCUGUCGCUACCUCGUCUGGUAGCUCUGUCCUCGCGUCCUCCUCUUCCUCUUCCUCCUCCUCGUCUACAGCUACAUCGCCGGCUGUGUCACCUUUGUCUGAGACUACAGCGCUCGCAACUUCGUCGUCGUCGUCGUCCUCCUCCUCGUAUACUACCGAGCAGAUCCCGUCGUCUACUCUGUCCUCCACCUCGUCAGGAACGACCCUGGUUACCUCUGAAAGAGUCUCAAACUCCACCUUCUCGACAAGUUCAAGCACACUCAUGACUUCGUCUACCUCCCUCUCGUCCACCAGCCUGGCUGCCUCCAGCCCGACCAGCACCUCCGCGAGCUCAGACUCGUCGUCGUCGUCGUCGUCGUCGUCGACCACCGUCGCGCAGACAACCUCGUCGUCGUCAACGACCGCGACCGGAUCGGUUGAUAUGUUCAAGGCCAUCGCCACGGACGCGCCCCCGUCGAUGUUCACGCGUCUGUCUGCGCACCCGCUGCAGCCGACUGGUUUCUCGUCUUCGAUUAUCAAGAACUCGACUAUCCCGACGAAUAACUUCUACACGAACCUGUAUCUCGACAACCGCGACCAGCCGGCGUAUCCGUACCCUUACUCGGUGUGGUGGAACCAGGGCACCAACAGUGACUAUGGUCUCGGAAUCAGUCAUACCACCUCCAGCCAGUUUACCUUUGGUCCCGACUCGAGCGCGGACCCGGUCGAGUACUUCGUCUCGCCGAUCGGUAUCCGCUCGAUGUCGCUCUCUGCCGCCGAGUUUGGCUCUUCGAUGACCAUGAACCUGACCAACCCGCUCGAGAUGUCGGUCGACAUCACCCUCGCCCCCAGCUCGUCCUCCAGCAGCUCGCUCGUGAUCCCGCUCGUGCAGGGCACCGGCUUCAUCACCGGCGUCUACAAGAACCUGACGCCGAUGUUCAACUCGCAGGUGAGCUACACGUCGCUGACAAAGUCGACCAGCCCGCGCACCAACGUCGUCAAAUACGUCGCCGCGCUGAGCGACGGCACCUCGUGGGGAAUCUACGCGACGCUGGCGGACAGCUCGCAGAGCUUUGAGCUGACGCUCACAAACUCGACCUCGGUCACCGCGGGGAAAUCGUACAGCAGCAUUGUUGUGCAGAUUGCAAAGAUCGUGUCCGGACAGGAGUCUGUCUACGACGACCACGCGGGCAUGUACGCUACCAAGGCGUCGCUCAGUGGAUCGGCUGUUAACGGUAAGGGAUACGUGACGAUUACGUGGGCGACCGCGGGCUCGAACAAUGCUGAUGCGCUGAUGCUGUUUGCGCUGCCUCACCAUGCUUCGUCGUUCAGCUCGAGCACGUCUGCCAAGUCGCUUGGCUUUACUCUGGACGCGCUCACCAAGGGCACCGCGACUGCAUACUCGACGAGCACGUUUGAGUUUGUGGAGACGCUGCCGGAUAUCAACUUUGCUCCGUGGACGAGCAUCUCGGGCAAGUCUGCAAACUACACGAGCUCGGCGCUGGGUUUGAUCACCAAGGCUGCCGUGGCUGAGCUCAAGCAAGACGUUGUCUCGAUGACGGACUUGGACUCGAUGUACAGCUCGGGCAAGAUCUUGGGCAAGUUUGCGAUGAUUUGCUAUACGGUGCACGGAAUCUUGGGCAACACCGCGCUCACAAAGACGUGCCUUGCGAACCUGAAGGAGGCAUUCGCGCGGUUCUCGAGCAACAGCCAGACAUAUCCUCUGUACUAUGACGAGACAUACAAGGGACUGAUCUCGUCUGGCGCGAUCAGCACCGGCGACUCGCUCACAGAUUACGGAAACUCGUACUACAACGACCACCAUUUCCACUACGGCUACCAUAUCCACGCGGCCGCGGUGAUUGGCUACGUCGACUCCGCCCUGGGCGGGACAUGGGCGUCCGACAACAAGGAGUACGUGAACUCGCUCGUGCGCGACGUGGCCAACCCGUCGCACGACGACACGUACUUCCCCGUCUCGCGCUCGUUCUCGUGGUACCACGGCCACUCGUGGGCCAAGGGUCUGUUUUCGGCAGCGGACGGAAAGGACCAGGAGUCGUCGUCGGAGGACGUCCACCACGCGUACGGAAUCAAGAUGUGGGGAUCUGUCGUGGGCGACUCGUCGAUGGAGGCGCGGGGCGCGAUGAUGCUUGCGUUGAUGAAGAGGAGUAUGAACGACUACAUCCUGAUGGCGAGCGACAACACCAUCCAACCCUCGAACUUCAUCGGCAACAAGGCCGUCGGCAUCAUCUUUGAGAACAAGGCAGACCACACCACCUUCUUUGGCACAAACGAGGAGUACAUCGAGGGCAUCCACAUGCUCCCUCUCACGCCUGUUUCGUCGUACAUCCGCACGCCGACGUUCGUCUCCGAGGAGUGGGAGUCCAAGCUCGCGAGUCUUGCGCCGACGCUGACGGACGGAUGGAGAGGCAUUUUGUACAGCAAUUUGGGUCUGACGGAUCCGGAGUCUGCGUACGAGUUCUUCACCGGCAGCGAUUACAGCAGCGAUUACCUCGAUGGUGGAGCUAGUCUGACCUGGUACCUUGCUUACCUUGCUGGUGUGUAUUCCUUCUUUUCUUCCUGCAUUCUCUAGGGAACUAUACUAACAGACAUUUAAUAGGCGUCGGCGGUGCUUCCUCAUAAGCACAUGUGUUAUACUACUGUACUUUUAUCCCCUCGGCACUCGGCAAUUCAGCCACUACCUACUGUUUGCCGAGUCAUGUAUCAAAAAAAACCCCUCGGCAUGGUGAAUUGUGAAUAUCGUUUGUGAAUCAACAUAGAGCAUACGUGUGAGUAUGCGUGUAUUUGUAUUUGGGUG